AUUAGCAAUCUCAUUAGCCUACAUUACCCCAAAACUUUACCCCCCUAAAAAAAGAUAUUCCAGGAAAAGGGAAGCCCCAUUUAAUUUAAAUAGCGUAACAUCUUCUGGUUGUCAUAUCAUUCUUCUUUCAGCAAGCAACAGAGUAACUUCACCAAUUCACCAUGGGUCAAAAGCAAUCUUCGUCCGAAGUCACCGACUCCGAGAUGGCCAUGACCAACAGAACUGAUUUGUCUUCCCAAUUUACAAACGUCAUGAGCAAGUCAUACCAGACGGAUGAAUGCUUCAACUGCGGUGCCGCACUGGAGGAUAGCAACUUGUAUAACUCGUCGACGAGCUCAUCGAGAACCCCGAAAUCAUCGACGGAACUUACCGUCCGAUGCCGUCAAUGUCGCGUUUGUGAUUCGACGAAUGUUAUCUUGGAAAAAUUCCGGUCUGUCGUCACAUCAUCCCCUCGUUCUAUUCCGAUUGUGCCGUCUGCCCAUAACGAGUCGAACCAAUUUAGCCACACGAAUCAUCACCUUAUGAGGACUAAUUCAUCACAUGACAUGCCCAAUAACGCCACAAGCACUUUUACCGAGUCCUCGUCGACCUGUGUUUAACUCUAUACAACCCUACAUUUUGUACAUUGAUGAAUAGCUGUAAAAUAAGUUUUUGAAAUAAAUGUUGAACUUUGAAUUUAAA